AUUGAACUAAAAAAGCUCAGUAUCAGAAGAUAUUGAAAUCUGAAAAGACCCCAGAAUAAUACCAAGACACUGCUCCACCCCAUUCUUUCCUCCCUGUUACAGUUCUUCCACAUUCUGUCAACCUGAAGGACCAGCGUAACCUGAGCUAGCCUGUCAGUCACAAAUCAAACCAUGAGACGUCUGACAAAGGGUUGUUGUAUAACAUGCUGUGCUAUUCUGGAAAACUUGAGGCUUUUCUCUGAGCCAUGUAUUUCUUAUUUAAGAUUACAAAGUACUUGUAUUGAAAAAAAAUGUUGCAAUAACAUAGUUCUAUUCACAUAUAAAUAAAAUACCUUGAAUGGCAUAUAAAUAGUACAGUGAGAAACUGUGAACUUGUAAUAUUGCACUUACUCUGUAGGGCACUUCAGUGAAACAGAAGACUAAAGCUGUCGGGUAGGGUUUCAGCGGCUGCUUGGUGUCCCUGCUGCCCACUGAGAACCAGUUGAUGCUGCUUGCUCUACGUGAAGUGCAGGAGCGGAGUGCGUGAACUGAAUGCAAAUUUCCUGAGCUGGGGCACGCAUAUACUUACAGUACAAAGCAGGCUGAACCUGUGAGCACAGAAGGUGAUCAUCCCUGAGGCAAGGAUGAACAGAGGGGACAAUGAUUCUGUCAAAAUUCUUCUGCCAGACCGGAGGACAACCAAAUAAUACUAUCUGGGGAAAAACUCUUUUUGGUCUGCGUGCUGUCCCUUCUGAGCAGCAUCACAGAGCAUUGCCAGUUCCUAUGAGGGCUUGGAUAAUCAUUUUAUGAACCAAUUUCCUGAGAGCUGAACACCCUUUAUGCUUUGUAUCUUCUCCUGACUUCACCUUUCUGGAGCUAUGCACAGAGGCUGCAGUAUUGGUCCAAGCAGUCCUGUCUGAAGGUGAAGCAGCUGAAGAUGUUGAUGCUGAAGGAUGAUAACCACAAACAGAAAUACCAGCUCUCAGCCCUUCAGAAGAGGCCAUCUUCCUUUAAGGAUCAGAGCCUGCCUAGACUCAGCUGUGGUUGCCUACUGACAGAUUUAUGUGUAAGCGUAUGUAUAUAGAAGACUGAGGUGUUUCAGAUACCAAGUGUACUAGCACCCUCUCCUGAGAUGGCUCAAGGAUGGUUAUCUGCAAAUGGAGCAGAAGCAGCUCUGAGGUUGCUGCCUCCUAGAAGUACAGCUUCAGCUGCUUGCUGUUGCCACUUAUCUUUUGCCAGAAGCAGCUCAGCGCAUUCAAGCGCUGCCAAGCUCCUGGAGAAGAGCCCAUUCUCCGUCGGCACCCCAAGCCCUCUGCUCCCCUCGCCGGCCAGCCUGCAGCUGGCCCAGCUCCAGGCGCAGCUCACGCUGCACCGGCUGAAGUUGGCUCAGACCGCCGUCACCAACAACCCGGCCGCCGCCACCGUCCUCAACCAGGUGCUCUCCAAAGUGGCCAUGUCCCAGCCACUCUUCAACCAGCUGAGGCACCCCUCCGUGAUGAACGCCCCGCCGGGACACACAGCCGGGGGCCCUCCGCCGGGGCCCGGUAUCGCUAGUGCGAGGUUCCCCUCCGGCGGCAUCGCCUUCCCUGCACAGAGCCCGGCCUUGGCCACGCCGGGGGGCGGCCUGGGGCCCGUGCAGGCCCAGGCCCCCAACACCAUCGUCAUGAGUCCCUUCGGAGGCGUCAUGGCUCCCACCUCUGGCCAGCAGCCCGUGGUCGUGGGCCUCAACAAGGCGGGACCCUCCGCUGCAGCCGCUGCAGCAGCGGGGGGGUUUUAUGAGUACAACAAGCAAAAUGUCACCGCCCCACAAGCCUACACCUCAGAGGGGGAUCCGCCUGGCCAGCAUGGCUUCCCCUCGGCAGCAGGGGCUCGCUAUGAGGUGCCCUUCAGCGCUGCUGGCCCGCUGAAGCACGAGGCGCCGGCGGGGUUCCAGAAGGAGGCCUUCGGGGCGGCGCCGUCCUUCCCCAGCGACGCGCACACCAGUGCUCAUCCAAAGGGAGAUCCCGGCCCCAUCUUGCAUGGCACUGGUGCAAGCAACCAGUGGGAAAAUAUCCCUAAUUUCUCCGGCCAAAACAAGCCUGACCUCCUGCCCAGUGACAGCAUGUGGCCAUCAGCAAGCCAGCAGCCGUAUGAAAUAAGAAACGAGCUGUACAACCCCGAAGAACCGACACCUGACACAAAGUUUAGCGCGGCCGCGGCCCCGGCGUUCGGCAGGCUCAACAAUAGCAAGCAGAGUUUCGGCAGCCCCCGGGUGAGGCAGAAUGAGGAGCUGAGCACCAGCGCACCCGAGCUGCCCAUGCGGCCGCUGCAGCCCCACGAGCUGAAUGACUUCCACGGCGCGGCCCCCCUCCACUUCCCCCAUGUCUGCACCCUCUGUGACAAGAAGAUCUUUGAUCUGAAGGACUGGGAUCAGCACAUUAAGGGAAGUCUUCACAUCCAAAAAUGUAUGGCUUUUUCAGAUAACACUGGUAUCCGGUGUGUGUUAAGUUCAGCAGAUGGAACAUUGCAUUUAUCACCAAAUAAUGCAGCAGUUUUCAAUCCAUCUAGUAUUGAAGAUUAUCCUCCAAAUGUCGGCUCAUCUUUUAUCACAACGUCAGCAAGAUCCUUUGGCCAGCCAGGUCCUACAUUUUCUUCUCUUCCAUCAGGGGUAAGAUUUCCCCAGAGAAAAUCUACAUUGGGUCGAGUUGUUCACAUCUGCAACCUCCCCGAGGGAAGCUGCACAGAGAAUGAUGUCAUUAACCUGGGCCUUCCAUUUGGGAAGGUCACCAACUAUAUCCUCAUGAAAUCCACUAAUCAGGCCUUUCUGGAAAUGGCUUACAGUGAAGCAGCACAAGCCAUGGUGCAGUACUACAAAGAAAAACCUGCUAUGAUAAAUGAUGACAAGUUACUUAUUAGGAUGUCUAAAAGAUACAAGGAAUUGCAGCUGAAGAAACCAGGUAAGAACGUGGCUGCUAUCAUCCAGGACAUCCACUCGCAGAGGGAGAGAGACCUGCUGCGUGAGGCAGACAGCAGGUAUGGCACGGAGAGGCCCCGCUCUCGCAGCCCCAUAAGCCGUUCCUUGUCACCCCGAUCCCACACUCCCAGCUUUACUUCCUGCAGUUCACCCCACAGCCCGAUGGGGACCAGCAGGACCGACUGGGGAAAUGGAAGAGAGUCGUGGGAUCAGUCCCCGUAUUCCCGACGGGACGAGGAAAGAGACAGCAGAGAAUGGCGAGAGAAUGGGGAUGAGAAGAGGGAUAGGACUGACACGUGGGUACACGAGAGGAAACAUUAUUCCCGACAGCUGGACAAGUUUGAUUUGGAUGAACGGAUUGAAGGAGGCAGAGGGCACAGAGAAAAAUAUUUAAGGAGUGGUUCUCCUGGCUCUCUUCACCUUAUAUCUGGCUACAAGAGUAGGGAAGAUGACUAUUACCGAAAAGCCUCUAAGUCAAAAUCUGACAAGUUUCAGAGGCAGCUGCAGGAGUUGCCUGGCAGAUCUAAGAGAAAGGAAGAGGCAAAGUUAAGGGAACGCAGGCAUUCUUACAGUGAGGACGCUGCUAGGGAGGAGAUGGCUGAACAGAAGCAUAGCAAAGCCUCUGAGGGCUCCAGGCAGAAACAAAGCGAGAAGAAUAAAGUGAAGAAAGCAGAAAAAGACCAAGAAGAAGAUGCUACUGCUGAAGGCAGUGACUUGAAGGAAACCAAACCCGCGGAGAAUAAGCUUGGAAAAGAGGAGCAAAGUCCAGAGAAGAGCUCGCCUUCAGCUAAUAAACAAAGAGAAUCUGGAGAGAUUCUGGAAAACGCAAGAAAAGAGAAGGACCAAGACUGGGAGAGUGGAAGUGAGAUAGAAGGCGAGACCUGGUAUCCUGCUAACAUGGAGGAAUUAGUGACAGUAGAUGAAGUGGGAGAAGAUGAUUUAAUCAUGGAGCCUGAUAUAACUGAGCUUGAAGAAAUUGUACCAGUUGAUCAAAAAAGUAAAGCUGCUUCAGAAAUGUGUCCCUGUAUGACAACCAUGUUAGAACUGAAAAAUGAUCAUGGCCACUUAACCAGGAGUGAAGACAAAUUUGCCCAUAAAGCUUUAGAAACAAACUUCAGAUCAGCAAAGGGUAGUGUAGCUUCUAGCGUCUGUCAGGAUGAAGAGGAGGAGGAUGACAAUGAUGAUGCUGUAACUGAAGCAUCAAGCCUAAAUCUGGACCCUGAGCAGAAGAAAGAGGAGUCGCAAGAAGACCAACCUGCUAAGGAUCAGCAGCAGAAGGAAGAAAAAAAUGAUAAAACCUCUGACACUCAUUUAGAACCUGAAGAUCACCAUAUACCUUCUGUUCAUCUGAAAGAAGAGGGUCUCCAGCUCCCGGAUACAUUUAUAGAUGAUUACAAACAGAUCGAAUCACAAGGAUCUGAGAGCAGAGAAGUUAUGGAAAUGCUUGUUAAAAAUGCUAGUGAAGAAACAAGACAUGGAAGCCAAGAGUGUCCAGAGGCAAAUUCUAGGUACCUGGAAAUGAGAUCUCUCGAGUACCCAGAAGUAGAGCCUAGAAGAAGGCACUCUCCGCCAGGCUGGGAACAGGAGGACGUCUUCACCGAACUCAGCAUUCCCCUGGGUGUGGAAUUCGUGGUGCCUAGGACUGGCUUUUACUGCAAGCUCUGUGGACUCUUCUACACAAAUGAAGAGACAGCAAAGACAAAUCACUGCAGAAGUACCGUUCACUACAAAAAUCUCCAGAAAUAUCUAUCACAGCUUGCAGAAGAGAGCCUGAAAAUGAAGGAAGAAGGCAGCCAUCUGCUUCAGGAUGACACUGGAAUUGUUCCUCACUUUGCAAAGAAAAAAUUAUGAUGCGGAUGAACUGGAAGAGCUAUAAUGAGUGAAUGCUGAUACUUUUUUUUUUUUUUAAUUUCUCUGAUAUAACUGUCAAUUUGCACUGUACAGAGGAGGGGAAAUAAAGAGCAUGUUCCAUGCAUCUAUGCCCAGAGUGCCAUUAAAAACCAAAAUGCCUGAAACUGUUUCCCACGGUGAAGCAAAACUGGCAUAUCUGUAACAAGUGGAGCAAUUCUUUCUCACACUCUGCAUGCUGGGAGUGGUUUCCUAGAUUAAAUCAGAAUUCUCAGGGAUUCUUCAAGUUUUAAUUCUGAUGUGACACAUCAGGUCAGGCGGAGUAUUUAGAAGCACUCAGCAUCCUCCAGUGGACGCUGGAAGGAAAGGAGAUGUGACUAUAAAUAGGCUUUAAUGUUGCUUAAAAUAUCUUCAGCCAUUUUACUCAUUAACCCAGUGAGCAGGAUUUGUAUAGGAUAUCUAAAGCCAUUGUGCUAAAACUAAUCC